AUUCCAAAAAUUAUAUCUUUAAGCUCAAAAAAUUGAAAGAAAAAGAAAGAGAUUAGCCUGCGUAUUUUUGUUAGCACUCACUUCCGAAGAGAGGUGAGGAGAGUUUCACUGAUCAACCCAAUCAAGGAAAAAGAAAGGGGAGAAAAAGGGAGAAAAAUGGAAGUUGGGUUCUUGGGGCUUGGAAUCAUGGGCAAGGCAAUGGCCAUCAAUCUCCUGCGCAAUGGAUUCAUGGUCACAGUUUGGAACAGGACCCUCUCCAAGUGCGAUGAGCUUGUCGAGGAAGGUGCUUCGGUUGGAGAAACUCCUGCGGCUGUAGUCAAGAAGUGCAAGUAUACUGUAGCAAUGCUAUCUGACCCUAAAGCUGCUCUCUCGGUUGUUUUUGACAAAGAUGGGGUGCUCGAUCAAAUAUGUGAGGGAAAAGGCUAUAUCGACAUGUCCACAGUUGAUGCGGAUACUUCUUCUAAAAUAAGCGAGGCGAUCACAAAGAAAGGUGGACGUUUUCUUGAAGCUCCAGUUUCUGGUAGCAAAAAGCCUGCUGAAGACGGCCAGCUGAUUAUACUUGCUGCUGGUGAGAAGGCAAUAUAUGAUGAGGUUAUUCCUGCCUUUGAUGUACUAGGAAAGAAGUCUUUCUUUCUUGGGGAAGUUGGAAAUGGUGCCAGGAUGAAGCUUGUUGUCAACAUGGUUAUGGGAAGCAUGAUGAAUGCGCUAUCUGAAGGGCUCACCUUGGCAGACAAAAGUGGGUUGAGCCAGCAAACACUCCUUGAUGUAAUGGACCUUGGCGCAAUUGCAAAUCCAAUGUUUCGAUUAAAGGGUCCAGCAAUGAUCAAGGGCAGUUAUCCCCCUGCCUUUCCUCUCAAGCAUCAACAGAAGGAUAUGAGGCUGGCCCUUGCUCUUGGGGAUGAAAAUGCCGUAUCAAUGCCUAUUGCUGCUGCAUCCAAUGAGGCAUUUAAGAAAGCCAGAAGCCUAGGGCUUGGAGACUUGGAUUUUUCGGCAGUCCAUGAAGUAUUCAAGUGUGCAGGAGGUUCAAAUGAAGCAUAAAAAAUUCCCUUUUUUUAAACCUACGAGAGCAGAAUUGUUUGAGUGCAUAUCACAUUGUGAUGGCCUACGUUAUUACUGUUAAGAGCUUAUUUUAAAUGAUAGACCAGUAUUAUUUUCAAUACAAAACCUAUAUACAACUGAUCAUCCUGGUGUUCAUCAGAGUAUUGGGUUUCAAUAAUCAUUAUUAUUGACAUAAAUAUCUGGUGGGAGAUUUAUUCAA